AUGGACGGAAAUUCAAAUUAUCGACCGAAACCUCAGCCUCGGGGGUCAUACAGACGAAGCCGCAUCAAGGACAGGGGGAGUAAGUCAUACAGUUCUUCAGAGGAAGAAGAGUUCCAUUCUGACGAUAAUCUUAGACCAUAUGAAGAGGUCAAGGUCGCACAUCAUGACAAGAAGUUAAAUGGUUUAGGUUUGACACCCAAUGAGCAUGACUUAACAGAUGAAUACCAUGGAAACUCCCACCUAAGUAAUGGUCAUCUUGGUAACGACAAGUCACGCUUGUAUAGUUACAUGAGUGGGUCAGACGGUGAUUUUGAUGACAUGGAUCGGCCGUUACGUCAUGCAUCGUUAAACGUUCAUCACCAGGGGUCUCAGUGUUCGAUCUCAUCCAAUGAGGUGGACAACAAGAACACACGAAGAACGGAAGCUGUGUCGCAGUUGUCUCUAUCGGACGAUUCCGACCAGGAAAACAUCAACCAUUCAAACUUACAUCAUCAGCUCGCAGCAACAGCACCCAUGUUGCCUCCAUGUCUACCCAACCCCCCUCCACCCCCACCUAUAGAAGACAUUCCACAGAGGACACCAGUGUGUGUGGCUCGCCAGAGGUCAUUCGGUCCAUCACACAGGGGAAACUACUCUGAUGCUGAAACGUGUUUGUGUAGUAGACAUUAUGCAGAGUCGCAUAUAGCGGCCUUGCAACACAGGGGACAUUACUCUGACCCGGACAACCCCACACGGGUACGGCAGUGUGCAUAUUCAGAAGGAGAAAGUGAUUUUGAGCCACAUUACUUAGAACAAACUGCAUCAGGGAAUGUAUUUAUACCAGAUGGCCAUCCCAGAUUCCCUAGAACAGUGCCAAGGUCGGGGUCAGUGCCAAUGUCAAGGUCAGGCGAGAUGGUAGAUCCACAGACAGUGUGGGUACCACCAGGUUCAAAUACAGUUCCGGCCCACUUUUCUAAUGGAGAUAAUCAAAAUAUGAACCAUUUAGACAAUAGACACGCAUUUACGCAUUCACACUUCGGCUGCCAACAGGGGGCACCCCCACCAGGAGUGGUAUACCCCCAACACAUGUCCCAAGAUUAUUACUCUAAGUUCAGCAACACUAGUCAUCGGAUGAAGGAGAAGUUGGAGAAACGGUGCUCCUGGAAAUGGACAGCGGUCAUUCUCAUGGUCAUCUGUGUUAUUCUGCUAGCUUGUGCAGCAUGUUUUGGAGCCAUGCUAUUAUUUGAAGAAAAAGAAAUGGUAGCUACAGAAAAUGGUCAUAGUGCCUUGAAUUCUAGUACAAGAGUAAAUCCAAGUUUCCAAAAUCCUUUAUUAUUCCAAGUUGGAGAUGUGAAACAAACCAAAAUACAACCACAGUCUUUUUGGACAAUGAAGUUUAUGCAGAAAGAACCAAAAUUUAUCAAGUUUAAUUUCUCAAUACCUGGCAGUGCAAUGCUUGGUUUUUAUGCCAGACGACAUACCCCACCAACAAUAGCACAAUUUGACUUCUUUGAAGUCUUCGAUGGAAGUAAAAUCACACCAUCCUCCAGAAACAAAAGAGCUCUAUCAAAGGACAAACGAAGCUACAAUGGUAAAGACACAGCACUGAUUCAUUAUAUGGAGGAAGGCAAUUGGUAUGUUGCAGUGUUCAAUGACCGCAAUGAGCCGGAAUACAUCUCCUUCAAAACAGACGUGUAUGAUACGCUUGGCACUGACUGCCCUAAUGACUGUCAUGGACAUGGGGAAUGUUUCAAAGGACAAUGUCGCUGUUUCCCUGGAUAUGCAGGAUGGGACUGCUCACAAACCAAGUGUCCUGUCCUUUGUAAUGGUAAUGGUCUGUACAUACGUGGAACCUGUCGCUGUCAUGAGGGAUGGAAGGGGCCAGAAUGUGAAAUUCCCAUCCAUGAAUGCGAAGUCCCAAACUGCAAUGGAAAUGGAAAAUGUGUCAAUGGACAGUGCGUGUGUUUGCCUGGGUAUAAGGGGCCUCACUGUGGUCUAGUUGACUGUCUUGUCCCUAACUGCUCUGGUUAUGGGGUCUGCCAUCUUGGGAACUGUGUUUGCCACAAAGGGUAUAAGGGUUCAGACUGUAGCCUUCCUGAUAAACUAAACAUCAGCCAAGUCUGUGCCCGUGACUGUUCGGGUCACGGCACAUAUGACCUUGAGUCUGACACAUGCCUUUGUGAAAGGUUCUUCGCAGGGCCGGAUUGUGAGACAGAAAUAUGUCGCCUGGAGUGUUACCAUGGACACUGUAUGAACCAGAAAUGUCUAUGCGACGAGGGUUGGGGCGGAGCCCUCUGCGACCAGCUUAGUUGUGAUGCUCGCUGUGACGGACUGCGCGGUAUCUGUGACAAUGGAACAUGCAUCUGUCGGAAAGGAUGGAACGGAGAUCACUGCACACUAGAUGGCUGCCCUAACUCCUGCAGUAACCAUGGCGACUGUCGCCUUUUCUCCCAUGGCUGGAUGUGUAGCUGUCAUCAUGGAUGGAAAGGAGAGGCCUGUGCUAUCACCAUGGAGAUGGUUUGUCAGGAUGGUGAUGACAAUGACAGAGAUGGCCUGUCUGACUGCUUGGAUCCAGAUUGUUGUUUAGACUCUGCAUGUGAGGAUAGUAACUACUGCCAAAUGGCACCCGAUCCUCUAGAUAUCCUCCUCCGCAAACAGCCUCCUAGUUCUACUGCCUCCUUUUAUGAAAAAAUGAGGUUCCUCAUUGAAGAAAACAGUGUCCAGAUCGACACAUCCAGGAAUGGUCUUAGUGAAAGCCAAGUUUCCUUGAUUCGUGGCCGAGUGAUGACUAAAGACUGGACACCUCUCAUUGGUGUACGAGUUCAUGUGGCACGGCAACCUCUCUAUGGGUACACUCUGACACGCAGACGUGGACAAUUUGAUAUCCUAGUGAAUGGUGGUGGGUCAGUGACCUUGGAGUUCACCCGUCAACCAUUCCAGUCCCACAGUACAAGUGUCCUGGUGCCCUGGAACCAGAUCCUCACACUGAACACCGUCAUCAUGGUCCAGCAGAUGGAAACGAAUGUUCCACCGGAGCCGGUAGUCUGCGGUGUCAUGCACGAUUACUACAACCUCCAGCCUGUCGUUUUGUCCACCUGGCAACAUACACAGCUCGGGGCCUGCCCAGAGAAAAGUACCAUCAUUCCGGAAUCACAGGUGGUGCAAGAGAGCCUGGUUAUACCAUCAACCAAUGUGCACUUAGUGUACCACAGCAGCGACACCCCUGGAUAUAUGUCUGUCAUACUCAUCCAGAUGACACCCAGUGUGAUUCCCCCCAAUUUAGCCCUUGUCCACCUCAAGGUAUCUGUUCAGGGAAUCGACAUGGAAAAGACAUUCGAGGCUGACCCUGGACUGAAGUAUACUUUUUCUUGGGACAGGAAGAAUGCUUUCCGACAGGACGUCUAUGGAAUUGUUCCAGCCAGAGUUCAAGUAGGAUAUCAGUACAGUGGCUGUAGUUUUGUGUACUGGGAGGUUCGCAGUACAACAAUGAGUGGAUACGACCUGGCUUCAUCACAGAUCGGCGGUUGGAACAUUGAUAUCCAUCACACCUACAACUUCCAGGAAGGAAUUCUUCAUAAAGGAGAUGGUACAAAUAUCUACCUCAAAGAAAAGCCCAAGAAAUUGGUCAACAUCCUUGGUAAUGGUCACCGGCGUAAACUUGAAUGUGAUUCUUGUAACGGACGCGCCCGUGACAACCGCCUGCUAGCCCCUGUAUCCUUAGCCAGUGGACGGGAUGGAAGUCUGUAUGUAUGGGACCUUAACUACAUCAGGAAGGUCAGCCCGAGUCGAUAUGACAUCGCCAGUAUCCUCAAAACCAGUACCAUCUCAACAUCAUACAAGCCAUACAUGACGGUCAGCCCAGUGGAUGGUCAUUUGUAUGUGUCUGACUACAUGAAUCACCGGGUUAUCAAAGUGGCUACCAUGGGACCUGUUCGUAUCCUCGACAGUAACUAUGUGAUCAUUGCUGGCAAUGGAGAGGAAUGUAUCCCUGGGGCAAUAGACAGGUGUGGAGAUGGCAAACGUGCAAUCAAUGCCAGACUUAUACAUCCUAAAGGUAUUGCCAUUAGUAAGGAAGGAGUGAUAUACAUCGCUGACAACCUCAACAUCCGCAUGGUCACUCCUGAUAAAACCAUUCAUACUCUGAUAGGCUCACAGGGACAGCCACGAACCUGGGAACCAAUGUCGUGUGAACACAGUCAGCCUGCAGAAGAGAUCCGACUUCAAUGGCCAACAGACCUGGCAAUCGACCCUCUGGAUGAUUCCCUUCACAUUCUGGACAAGAACGUUAUCCUCAAACUGACAAAAGAUGGAAGUUUGAUUACUGUUGCUGGACGUCCACUGAACUGUCCGUUCAGAAAAUCAAGCUUUUUGCCAUCUGGUGUGCUGACGGAUCAGGAACAAGCAUCAAACAUUGCAUCAGACAUAAAGCUUGUUGAUCCUCAGAGCAUCGCCUUCGGACCACAGGGAGAAAUGUAUAUCGUAGAGAGUGACCGACACAGUAUCAAUCGAGUGCGAGUGGUCACUAGCGAUGGCCGUAUACAUCACUUUGCUGGGACAAAAUCUAAAUGUGACUGUCAGACCAUCACUUGCAAGUGUUACGACUCCAAGGAGACGCUUGCAGCUCAGGCGUUGUUCAAUGAGCUGACUUCUAUUACUGUUACCCCUGAUGGAGUUGUACACAUCGCAGAUGCUGGAAAUCUGCGUGUGUUCUCAGUACUUUCAGAACUUCCUGAAGCAGAUCAGAACACCAGACAGUAUGAAGUUGUCUCACCAGAAACACAUGAGGUCUACAUUUUCAACAGCUAUGGUCAGCAUCGUCACACUGUCAAUAUCAUGACUGAUCAAUAUGUGUAUAAUUUCACUUACAAUGUAAACUCAUUCUACGGAAAACUGAUCUCUAUCGACGAUGAUGUAGGUAACAAGAUCAAAAUUACCCUUGACCGAGAAACAUUGGCCAGGGAGAUUAUUUCACCUGACACUUCAAGGUGUGACUUGGAAAUGAACAACAUUCGGAAGCUACACAGUUUCCGUGCCAAUAACUGGACAGCCUCUUUCACCUAUUCCGAGAGUACAGAGCUUCUCAUGUCAAAAUACCUAUCAGAUGGGAAGGCCUACUCAUACAGCUACGACAACCGAGGACGCCUUCUGGAGGUCCGGCAACCAACAGGGGAGAUAACCACUCUAGCAACGGACGUCAACACCACAGGUUCCAUCGUCCGCAUCACCACUGAUAACAGUGAUGCGGUUGCUAUGGCUACAUAUGGCAGUGUGCAGUCAGUUAUGCAUGUUAUGACAGAAUCUGGAAAUGCAGAAACCAAGGUUACAUAUUUACCAGAUGGCGCUGUGGUGGUUGUGUUCCCUAGCAACCUGUCCAUCUCCAUAGAGUCAGGCGGUCAUCCAAUACUAGCCAAUGAAUACAGAAUGCAUUUCAAACGAAAAGUCAUUGCACCUAAUAAACUUGUACAUAAGCUUGAGUGGCGUUACUAUCUGCGGCGCAAAGGUCGCACAAGGCAAAGUAAGGUGAUCGAAAGGAUCGGGCAUCGUAUGAGGGUAGGAGCUCCUUUCUCCUCAAGGCAUGCCAGAAUGCAUGACUCGCAUGAUGGAGAUGAAGGAUCAUACAAAGGAAAAGCCCUUCUGAUCAAUGGCGAAAAUCUGCUGACAGUUGAAUAUGAUCGGGAAACCCACACGGAAAACAUCAUGGGGAAAAAUCUUGUCAAAAUAAUGUCGAUUUUGUAUGAUGGAUCUGGGCAGCCCACCCACAUACGACCAAAUAAUCGCCAUCAUGGCAUGAAUAUCACAUACAGCAAAGAAGGGCGAAUAACUCAUUGGCAGUAUGGAGAGAUACGAGAAGAUCUGAUAUAUGAUGAUGAUGGUCUCUUGCGAGAGAAGUCUUCAUCCAGUGGGGGUGCUCAGUACAGAUUUAGCUACCGUGUUGGAAAAGUGCCGACAGACAUUAUCUUGCCCAAUGGAUUGCAGUAUAUGAUGCAGUACGACUCACAGGGAUAUCUGAUACGUGUCCGAACUCCAGGGCUCGGAGAGCAUUUCUUCACACGCGUCAUGUCAGCAGGGAUUCAGAGAUUCCUAUAUCGAGUCCCUGAGCUAGCCUUCCCCUACACGGAAGAGUAUGAUGGAAAUGGAAAGCUACUUCAAAUUAUCUAUCCUAGUGAGAGACGACGAAUCAUCUACCGAUACAACAAAUUUGCCCAGCUGAAUAAAAUCAUGUUCGAUGAGACAGAAAUUAACAUGGAGUAUGACCCACAAGUUUCAAAGGUCUCAGCUUCUGAGGUACUCAGUGGACCGUAUGAUUGUCGUGAGAGUUACUCGUAUACUGCUUCUCUUGUCAAAGACUAUACUGUAGAAUUCGCAAGAGAUCGGCGCCUACUCGGAGUGAAAUUUUCAUAUACCUACGAUAAGAACUUUAGAUUGAAAACAAUCAAUGGACAUUUCCGUGAGAAUUUGACAAGUGAUUCUGACAUGUCAUACGAUGAGGAAACUGGUAAACUCCGAACGCUGAAAUCCCUUUCUAUGAACUGGCCUUUGUUUGACAUAGAAAAGAUAUCUGGCAACAAUGUGACGUUUAAUCGUGAGUACGACAGCUAUGGCCGAUUGUCUAGUGUUGUCUAUAGAUUCGGAGAACAGGAACACUUCUCUCUACAGAUCGGGUAUGACCUUGAGAACCGUAUCCAUCACUGGAACUGUCUGAUUGCACAGGCUACAACCAGGAACUUACAAUAUGUAUACGAUAUUAACGGCAAUGUGAUUGAUGUACUCUUGAAUGGCCAGCCAACAUGGCGUUAUGGAUAUGACAACAAUGGGAACAUAAACAAGAUCACAGAGUAUGGACGAACCAGAAACCUGGAAUAUGACAUUGGUGAUCGAAUUUCAAAAUCUGGCUCAAAACGUUUCCGAUUUGAUAAAGAUGGUUUCAUGGUACAGCGACAUGAUCAACAUGUUGGGUUUAAUUCAAACGGUCAGUUGAUAUCAGUUUUCAAGAUGGGAGAGUACCGUUACUUCUAUUUCUAUGAUGCCCAGGGUAGAUUAGUCAUUGAGGAAGAUGGAAGUGGUAAUGUUAAUCAAUUUUAUUACGGUGAUGUCACCCAACCGCAAAGAGUAACACAUACCUUCAACCAGAGUUCUGGGGACCUGACUCAGUAUCUGUAUGAUUCAAAGGGGCAGUUACUGGCCUUGGAGCGUCAAAACACACUCUAUUACAUCGCAACAGAUCCAAUGGGAACUCCGUUGGCUGUCCUCAACACUCAUGGACUCAUAGUAAAACAACGUAGGUAUGACCCACUUGGACAACUGGAGUCGGACACAAAUCCAAACUUUGACGUUUGUUUUGGAUUCCAGGGGGGUUUAUAUAACCCUAUGACACAGCUUGUUCUGUUUGGAAAGCGGGUGUAUGAUACAGAAAAUGGACAUUGGAUCUCACCCGAUUAUUCCAGCCUGCUGAGAGACUUGAAUAAGAUUCCAGCUUCACCUAUGAUCACCAAUAACUACCAGUAUCACUACCCAAUAAACAUCCACACUCGUCAGAAGAAGUUCCCUAUGCUUGCCAUCACAGACUGGCUUCUGAUGCUGGGAUAUGACUUGCGGAGUCUUGCACCAGAUAUAUCCUACACGGGAGAUAUUCGUCCAGAAUCACAUGAUGCUAGCCGCCGUCUUCUGCCCAUGUCUUCUGCUUUCGAGUGUACAUUCCUACGAGACAUGGACAGUCUACUCACAAUGACCACUGUUCCUAAGUCCAAAGUUUCUCCAUUGCUUGGUCACUUCGACCUUCAGCCAACCCCUAGACCCUUUAUGCUUGGAUCAAAAGUGACCUUGUCAUUUGUGAAGGGCAAAGCUGUGAUUCAUAUGGCCAAAAACACGCCAAAAUGGGCUAAACAACUGGCCGAGGUUUUGGUGAAUGGGUCAGAGGUCGUAGACCUUAGAUACAGUAUCCAUGGUAAAGAUAUUCACUACUUUAUAAAGACGGACGCCUCCAGAGCAGAGGAGGACCUGCGAUCGCUUGAUAUACACAGCACGUUUGUGCAGUAUGAGAAUUCCAUGAACAUCACUGUGAACCGGAUACAGCACAGUGAACGUUUCAGACUUAGUCCACAUGCAGAGGUGGACAUUCGUAUCCACGGGGUGGACUCUGUGAUAAAUAUUCGAUAUGGGACAACAUUUGAGAGAGAACGCCAGAGGAUUCUUAGCCAUGCUAAAGAGCGUGCUGUUUUACAUGCAUGGGAGAGGGAAAAGUGGGUGUUACAAAAUGGGCUGACCACACAAUAUCGGUGGUCAGACAUGGAGAGACAACAGAUACUGACCAGCGGCUAUGCCGAUGGAUAUGAGGGUCAUUACAUACGUAGUCCAGAAUAUUUCCCUGAACUAUCCGACGACUGCAAUAAUAUAAGAUUUACAAAGAGCAGUAGGUAGCGCACAUAGUCUGUCAUAUACCAUCUCUACCAUAAUGGCUCAUCGCUCUAAUGAUAAUAGUACUUACUUUAUUGAACAAGAUUUUAUUUUUUUUAUUUUUUUUUUCUUUGAGAAAGAAAUCAAAUGUGUCCCCGUGUAUUAAUUAAUGUGUUCAUGCACAACACGUGAGGAUCCCUGGAAUCAUCGUGUUUAGUUUGGUGCUUACCUGUGCUGCACAAAGCAUGAUGAUGAUGUGCUAGUGCUGAAAUAGUGUUAUGUUGCUCAGUGUUGUACAAGAUGUCUGAGAAAGAUUUUAAAUUGUGAUUCAAAAACUGUUCUUUUAACUAAACUUUACAGUAUGUUGAAAGCUUGAAUACCUACAGAAUGUGAUUCAAGUGUUUCGUUCACCUGUAACUACAGCCACGAUAGGCAGAAGUCUUCAGAUCAUGUAAAUAGGCAAUGCUAAAACUAGAGUGGUAAAGCCCAUACCAUUCAAGAGUAACAGGAACCUGAAUCAUGAAAUAACAAGGUGAAUGGAAUGCUUGAAAUUGUUGGAGAUACUAGAUAAUUACUGCUGAACUAUGGCCUAGCAUGAUGAAGGAAUAUUCAAGUCGGUGGAUAUGUUGCAUUACAGAGGUCAAGGCCUUUAGUGGUCAUGGUAAAGUGUUGCCAUACUAGUCAUACGAGAAUCAAAAAUAAAAAGUACACUUAAUUUAAAUGUUAAAAAUUGAUUUGCUUCUGUCCUGUCCUAGGAACCCUUGACUGACAGGGAUAUCUCCAGUGAUGGGGGGCUCCUGUCUGACAUGGAUAUCUCCUGUGAUGGGGAACCCCUGUCUGGCAGGGAUAUCUCCAGUAAUGGGAAACCCCUGUCUGACAGGGAUAUCUCCAGUGAUUGGGAACCCCUGUCUGACAGGGAUACCUCCAGUGAUGGGAAACCCCUGUCUGACAGGGAUAUCUCCAGUGUCGGGGAAACCCUGUCUUACAGGGAUGACCUCUUGUGAUAGGACAAUAAAAUCUGUACAUAAUGUAUCAUAAGAAAUUAAGAUGUUGGUAAAACAAAGUAUAAACUAGACCUAAGAUACUUCUAGUUGAUUUGUGACAAUGCCAUUCCAAUGUUGUCAGCCAUCUUUGUUUUGACCCUCGUACGUUCAUUAUUCAUUGCAACUGCUUUUUUGUCAGCUCUGAUGUUUUAUCCCAUUGUGAUGUAUGUGUUUAUUUAAAAUCUCAAACUCUGUAACCUUGUAUUACGAGCAUUUGCAAUAUGUUGCAUCAGUCUCGUGUUAAUGCAUAGCAUAUGCCAAAUUUGUUAUUGAAAUAUCGCAAUAUCUUCAUAACAGUAGUUCAGUUAAUGUAUUUUUUUUCUCAUUUCUCAAGAACAGCAUUAUUUAACUUUUUAAAAUCUUUCAAUGAAAGUCAUUCCGAAAUAAAUUUUUUUCUCUUAAAUUAUCAAUAUUUCAUUUUAGAAUCUUAGAGCACAAGUGAAAUUGAGAACAUUUUUAAAAAAAAUAGGUUUAAAGCACAUCUUUCAGUUGAAGUUUAAAAAGAGUCUUUAAUGACAAACUAAAAAUAACUCCAUAUAGGAAAAUUUCAAAUCAUUUCAAAUGAAAUAAAGAUGGUUUGUUCUCUAUCUGAAUGUUACACAAUCAGUAUGUCGUUAAUUUCACAAGAGCUAUGUUGAAUUUUGGAUUUCAUUCGAGCAUUUCAAUUUCAAUCCGCAGUCCCUGAAAUUAGAAAGUGGAAAUCAAGUUCAUUGGUAGGUAACAGAGAGUGUAAUAAGGUCUGAUGUUGCUUUUAUUGAGGACUGCAAUGUAUACAAGUACUCUAAUCGUCCAUGACACACUCAUUAAUCUAUUGAUAUAAUUUGUGACAUAUCACUUAUAGAAUUACUUGUAAGUCAAUCUGCAUUAUUAUAAAUAUCUCAUUUUCAUUGUGCCAAACAUUAGCAUACUGUGCAGUUGCUCAUUUUCACACACAUUUUGAUUUCGCAAAUUUCACAGCCAGAAUUACAAACCACGAGAGACAGAAUGUUAUAAAGUAUUGAGAGAUUUCUCUGCCUUCAUCAAUAAUUACAAUACCAAAAUUUGCUAACUUUUAUAGCCAUGAAAAAGAGUGGCUGCACAGUAGCCAGAGUUCGUUAUAAGUCUUCAGUUCAGUCAUAUAAACAUUGGUGUUCAUUAUAAUGUAGGCUGUAUAUUGACCAGCCAAUUCUUUGGUGUUUUGCUGAACAUGAAACUAGUCCCAAAAUGUGUCAUGUAUAUGGUGUAAAUAUAUGACAGAAUUGUUACCAUAGCAAUAUUGUGCUGUGGUGGUUGUUUACAUGUGGGUCGGACUUGUACAUGUAACAUGUAUGCAUGUAUUGUAUUUUUGGACAGUUGUGUAGGUCUGAUUACAAAUCUUUUGUUGGUGUGCUAGAUAUUUCAAUUUGUGCUUUCCUAUGAUACAAAGAGAAGAAGAAAAGAUCUUAAACCUCAAAGCAAAACACAAUUAUCAAAAAAAUAUAUUUUGAUGAUUCUUUUUUAUUAUUAUUUUUUUCUUGUUGUCCUCAAAUCAAUAUUCCUUGCAAAAAUACAAAUAUGACAAAUGUUAAAUGUAAUACAAUGUUUCAUUUUUCUUGAUAAUUUAGAAAAGACAAAUAUAUCAAAGAAUUUUUUCAAUUAAUUUUCCAUAAACAUACCCAUUCUCAAUGCUCCAGUUAUUGAACCAUUUAACUUGUAUUUAGCUCUAAUCAAAUGACUGCUUACAGGCAUAGUUCAUCAGUAUAUAGAAUAAUCAGUUUAAACAUUUCAACAUAGGAAAACUGAGAAAAUUUUGACUUUGUGUACCAGAUGUCACAAUUGAUGUUCUCCAACGACUAUCACCACACAUUGAUCAGGAUUUAUCAUGUAGCAGAUAUUAACUUGUUUAUAUUAAAUCAUAUUGAUUAAAACAUUCAUGAUGUUUAAGAUAUUCAUGUAUCCACUUGUAAGCUCCGUGAAGCAUAAAAUUUGAAUCAUUGAAGCAUAACAAUAUUAUACGAUGAUAAUUAUGUAGUGCUGUUUUAGUGUUUUACAUUUUUUUUUUUAACUUUCUGUUUUAAUUUAUUUUUAUAAUGUGAUCUUUGAAUACCUUUGUGUACCAGGGGUUGUAGAACUAUAAGAUAGUACUGUCACUCUCUCUGGUUUGGUUACAGUGUGUUCAGCCAUUGUUAACUGUUGUAGGAAACAUUUCUUGUAUGCAUUAAGUUCUGAUUUAUAUGCAGCCCAUUGGAAUGUGAAGUUAAUGACAAAUGAUAUUUGGUAUAUCAAUACUUGCUUUAUUUCAGUUUUUUUCUGCUGUCCUUGUUUCCAGUGAUCAACUGACUUGGCUAUUUGAUAUUGAGCCAAAAAAAAAAAUUUUUUUUUUUUAAAAAACCCAAAAAUACUGAUCAGGGUUAUUUAUUUAAUUCAAUGUGAAUUUGAAUUUUCAUUUUGAAAUCUAGUCAAACUGAGUGCACAAAUGUAAAUUCAUCUCAUUUUGCAUCCUUUUGAUAAAUUAUAGUAUAUAUUGAUCCGUGAAGAAGUUCAGUAAUUGUUAUGAGUUAGAAGGUAUAAUAAUUUUGUACUUAACGUGGAUGGACAGCUCGGUUUCAUUACAACUAUCAUUUAAUCAAGAAUCAUCUUGCAAAAUCAUACAUGAAGAAAAAUGAAGAAAUUGUCACUGUAAUUUUGUAGUAAUCAGUCACUACUGGGAACAAGGGGCAGCAGGUUGAUAAAUGGACAUACCUUUUCUUGUAACAGUAUUAAAUUCCUACCUAUAUGUCGUAUAACAGAGCACCUGCUAACAAUAUCACUAAAUGUUCUUGUCUUAUCAACAUGCCUCCAACAAAGCUGAUAACUGAAGGGUAAAGAAAACAUAGUAUACCUCUAUAUAUGUUGUAGAUGGCAUUUAAUGGCUAUAUUUUAUUUAGAUUUUUAAAAAAUAGGGUAAAGGGAUACUUCUGAUUUUUGAGAAGGGAGGUAACUCCCAAAGAGAAAGGGGAUUCCAUAUGAGGUGUGAAAGUAGAUGAAACAUGUUUUUAGCUCAUUCUUAAUUUCAUUAUAGAUGACAGCUUCAGUGGUGGUCAGGUGUUUUUCUGUUUAUCAUUGGUGCCAUAAUAUAUUUUUUACAGAUACUAAAUCUAGUUUUUGUAGAUACAUGUCCAGCAACUUUUUGUACAAGGAUCUUAUUUCAAAUCCAAACUACAGGAGCCACUGUGAAAGUCUAAUACACUGUUGUAAGGAUACAAUUUUUAACGCGUUUGAAUGCUUUUCCUCUAAACUGGUAUGCUGAGUAAAGCACAGAUCUUAUAACUUUUCUACCUUUGCCUGUUUAAGAUGAAUUCUGAUCAUAUUGAAAACCAGAAAUAUUUUCAGUGUCAUGCAAAGUAGUUGUAAAUUAGAAAAAAGUAAACCUUAAACCAUAUUUUCAAAGAUUUAUUUAAACUUAGCCAAUGUAUUGCAAAUUAAUGAGAAAUAUCAAAAUACUUGUAAUUAGUUAUCUAUGUGUUUACUUUUCCCUUAUUUCUUACAUUUUUUUUUUUUUUAUUAUUUUUUUUUUUAACUUACAGUAUAUAUGCUGCUGUGGCAAUGUGGCAAACAUUAGUCAUGUCUGUUCUACAGACUGACUGCUGUAUCUGUAUACAUACUGGUCGAUCCGUGAGAAUUGUAGGAGUUCAGGCUAUGAUACUGGCUGCAUGUUAGGUUAUCUAUAUAUAUCUAUAUAUAUAUAUGCAAUUGUGUUUUGGAGGUAGGACAUCUGUCCCAGUGUGUAUGGUGAGAGUUAGCUGUCUUGUAUUGAUUUGUCAUUCAUCUCGUACUAGUAAACAACUUAUCAAAAAUAUCUUUAAACACCAUAAAUUUUCUAUUUAAAAUGUAAAGAAGAAAAAUAAAACAAAAAAUAUAAUAUCA